CUAACGGAGGGGCGUGUUUUAAACAGCGAACUAACUGUUUGUUAACGUUGGGACAAAAAACAUACUUUUCUUUGUCUGAACAGGACAUUAAACUCUGCUGUGGCUGUCUCACCGAGUCUCAGAUGAAGAGGUGACCUGAGAGCUGCAGAUCUGUCAGCGAUGGAGGAUUUCUGGGCUUUGGCUGUGCAGCUCCUCCACGUGUGGAUGUUUGUGGUGUUUUUCCUCAUCAUGCUGCCCUCCAUGUUCGGCCUCUCUCUGGGGGUCACAGGGGUCUACAUCCAGGUCCUGGUCCACAUCCUGGAGUGGGCCACAUUACGCAUCCAGAGAGGACGCCAGCAACAGCCCAGCGUGCCCGUACCUCUGCCCAACGGGAUCAUAGAGCACGCUGGGGGCUCGAUGGAGGAGGAGAUGGGGCGUCUGCGGUCCGGCUCGCUGGCCGAGGGGAAGUUUUGUCUCAGCGAUGUCUUCUACUUCUACAACAAAGGUCUGGAGAGCAUCGUGGACGACCAGGUGACCCAGCGCUUCUCCUCCGAGGAGCUGAACUCCUGGAACCUGCUGACCAGAACCAACCAGAACUUCCGCUACAUCAGCCUGCGCCUCACCAUCAUCUGGGGGCUCGGCGUCUUCGUACGCUACUGCCUCCUCUUCCCCCUUAGGAUAACUCUGGCUACCAUCGGCCUCUCGUGGCUCGUUAUCGGGACCAUUCUGGUCGGAUUUCUGCCUGAGAGCAGUGUGAAGAACUGGCUGAGCGAGCUGGUCCAUCUGACCUGCUACAGGAUCUGUGCCAGAGGACUUUCAGCCACCAUCGUUUACCACAACAGAGAAAACAGACCUCAGAAAGGAGGGAUAUGCGUGGCCAACCACACCACGCCCAUCGACGUGGUGAUUCUGUCCAACGACGGCUGCUACGCCAUGGUGGGUCAGAUCCACGGAGGCCUGAUGGGCGUGCUGCAGCGCUCCAUGGUCCGGGCCUGUCCUCACGUCUGGUUCGAGAGGUCGGAGAUGAAAGACCGCCACGCUGUGGCCAGCAGGCUGAGAGCCCAUGUCGCAGCCAAGACCAAACUUCCCAUCCUGAUCUUUCCUGAAGGAACCUGCGUCAACAACACGUCAGUCAUGAUGUUUAAGAAGGGGAGCUUUGAGAUCGGAGGCACCAUUUACCCCGUCACCAUCAAGUAUGACGCUCGUUUCGGCGAUGCCUUCUGGAACAGCAGCAAAUACAACAUGGUCAGUUACCUGCUGAGGAUGAUGACCAGCUGGGCCAUCGUGGUCAACGUGUGGUACCUGCCCCCCAUGACCCGACAGGACGGUGAAGAUGCAGCUCAGUUUGCCAACAGAGUGAAAUCUGCCAUCGCUCAUCAGGGAGGAUUGCUGGACCUGGCCUGGGAUGGAGGGCUGAAGAGAGAGAAAGUGAAGGAUUCCUUUAAAGAGGAGCAGCAGAAGCAGUACAGCAGCAUCAUCGCUGGACCGAAGGAUCAAUAAUAACACUAAUAAUUGAUCAGUAAUGGCUCCCAGCUGUUUCUCUGACGCCAUGUUUGACCUCUGAACUCUUAUGUUACAUGUUUUAAACAGGAUGUGAUUGGUCUGUUUGUGUAUGUGUGUGUUUCUGCCAGCAGAGGGCGCUGUCUGACAGCACAUUACCCCUGCAGACAGACAACCCUUCAGCUCUGGUCUCAACUAGCAUCAUCUCAAAUGUUCAUAUUUUGUCGCUGCUCUUCUUUAACCUGCGUCGGACGGACAAAUAUAUCUUCACACACACACACACACACACACACACAUACACACACACUUAUCUUCCAAUGUUUGUCUGUAUGGUUUUGUCUUACUUGGUCCAUAAAAUGUCAGAAAACUGUU